AGAAUUAAAUUUAUAGCUUUUGAACCUAUUGCUCACUGCCUCACUCUACAUAAACCCUCCCCCUCAUCUCUCGUCUCUCUCACCUUAGGGUUUUGCAGAAAUGGCGACUCGUUAUCUGACUCGUUCCUUAUUCACUGCUCUCUCUCGCUCAUACACUUCUCUUUCUCUCUCUACACCUCCUCCCUCUCUCUCUUCUUUUUCUCUCCUCCGUCUUCGACCGCUUAUUGCCGUCACAGCUGUCAACCUCCGCAGCGUCUCUCCGGCGGUAGCAACCUCCUUUCGAGGGUUUGCGACUCGGCAAACGUCGUCGUCUUUAAAUGACCCGAACCCGAACUGGUCCAACCGUCCCCCGAAGGAGACGAUCCUACUUGAUGGAUGUGAUUUUGAGCACUGGCUUGUUGUGAUGGAGAAACCUGAGGGUGAUCCUACCAGAGAUGAAAUCAUCGAUAGCUACAUCAAAACUCUGGCUAAAGUUGUUGGAAGCGAGGAAGAAGCAAGAAUGAAGAUAUACUCUGUCUCGACAAGACAUUACUAUGCAUUUGGAGCUCUUGUAUCCGAAGAACUUCAUUACAAGCUAAAAGAACUGCCCAGGGUUAGCUGGGUGCUUCCUGAUUCCUUCCUGGAUGUUAAGAAUAAAGAUUACGGAGGGGAACCUUUUAUCAAUGGGCAGGCUGUACCAUACGACCCAAAGUACCACGAGGAGUGGGUAAGAAACAAUGCCCGAGCUAAUGAGAGGAACAGGCGCAAUGACCGACCUCGUAACUUUGAUAGGUCCAGAAAUUUUGAGAGAAGAAGAGAGAUGCAGAACACUGGAUCCAACAUGGGUGGUGGACCUCCCAAUAUGACGAAUGCGCCAACCCCAAACAUGGGUGGGAUGCAGCAGCCUAACAUGGGUGGGAGGCAUCAGCCUAGCAUGGGAGGACCACAGCAGCCCAAUAUGGGAGGUGCACCUCAUAACUACGGUGGAGCGCCUCCCAAUAACUAUGGUGGAGCGCCAAACAAUCCAAAUAAUUUUCAAUACAAUAGUGGACAAAGCAACGGAGGCAUGCCUUACCAAACAGGUCCAGGACCAAACCAGAAUUAUGCUUCAAAUACAUCUGGUGGAAACCCUUAUCAGAAUCCAAACAUGCCUGGAAGAGAUAUGCCCCCUCCAAAUCAGAACUAUGCUCCGAAUACGGCUGGUGGAAACCCUUAUCAGAAUCAAAACAUGCCUGGAAGAGAUAUGCCCCCUCGAAAUUAUCAAUAGGCUGAUAUAGAUAAGUAUGAACUUUGUAUUUCCAGAGUUCUGUUUCACGAAAUGAGAACAUAGCUAUGGUGUGCUUGAUAGGAUGUUGCUGCGUGUAAUAGUUGAAUGUGCAAAACUUAUAUGCUUUGUGAGUAUGCAAUGUCAAGGUGUUCUCAUCCUAUUGCAUCCUCUAUGUUGACAUG